CUGGGAGGGAGUCCUCAUCUCUGCUGCCUACGCAAAGCUGCCAAGUUUAAUGGAGUCCUAAGGUAUAUACGGUGGACCCAGACUUCCACCUGCGGCGGCUGCUGGGCCUGCCAGAAGUGCAGAGCCGGGAGGCUCAGCCCUCCCGGGGGCGCUGGCCUCGGUGCGGAGGCCGCAGGCGGCGGCGCCAUUCGGCGGAUCCGCAGGCAGACCGACCUCCGCGGAUCCGUAACAGCCCGACCGGCGCAUUUGCGGCUGCGCCCCUGCCCUCGUGCGCCUUCACCCGGCCGCCCCCGCGCCCCCACCGCCGCUUUGGCCCAGGCCGAGGGGGACCCGCCGCGCCGUGCGUCACCAUGGAGCCCAGGCCGCCCGGCUGCCCCGCACCCGCGGAGCCGGGGCCUCGCGUGCUCGGCUUGCGCGGCGCAGACCCAGCGGCCUCGGCUUCCUCUUCGAGCGGGGCCGGGGCGGAGGCCGAGGCCGGGCGCCGCGUUCCGGCUGUGGCGGUCGUGCUGCCGGCGGGGGGAAGCGGGGAGAGGAUGGGCGUCCCCACCCCGAAGCAGUUCUGCCCCAUCCUGGAGAGGCCCCUCAUCAGCCACACCCUGCAGGCCCUGGAGAGAGCAUAUUGGAUAAAGGACAUCAUUGUGGCAGUAACUGGAGAGAACAUGGAAACAACGAAGGCUAUUAUUCAGAGGUAUCAGCACAAACGCGUCUCGCUGGUGGAAGCUGGAGUGACCCGCCACAGGUCAAUUUUCAGUGGACUGAAAGCACUGGCAGAAGAUCAGCCUGACUCUAAACUCUCUAAGCCAGAAGUAGUGAUUAUUCACGAUGCUGUGAGACCAUUUGUUGAGGAAGACAUUCUCCUUAAAGUCGUCACAGCUGCUAAGGAACAUGGGGCAGCAGGAGCAAUUCGACCCCUCGUGUCUACUGUAAUCAGUCCUUCCACUGAUGGUUGCUUAGACCACUCACUAGAUCGUGCCAGACACAGAGCAAGUGAGAUGCCACAGGCUUUUCUAUUUGAUGUGAUCUAUGAGGCAUACCAGCAGUGUAGUGACUACGACUUGGAUUUUGGAACUGAGUGUUUGCAAUUGGCUCUAAAAUACUGUCACAUUAAAGCCAAACUCGUGGAAGGAUCGCCUGACCUCUGGAAGGUGACCUACAAACGAGAUCUGUAUGCAGCUGAAUCGAUUAUUAAGGAAAGAGUUUCACAACAGAUUUGCUUAGUUAUGAACACAAAAGAAGAUGAAGACCAUGUAGGUUAUCGUCUUGAAGAAAUGUUAAAAAAUGAACUAAAUCACUUCAAAGUCACCUCUGGAGCUCUACAUCAUGAUGGCACUGAUCUUCAGCAAAUCAUCCUAGAGCAAUGCUACAAUUUUGUUUGUGUGAAUGUUGUGACUUCUGAUUUUAAAGAAACUCAGAAAUUACUGAAUGUACUUGAAGACUGUAAUCUCUCCAUUUUAUAUCCUAUUGUUGUUAUUUCAGUGCAUUUUCUUGAUUAUAAAUUACUACCUUUUGGUCAGAAAAUGGAAAACCUAAUGCAGAUUAGGGAAUUUGCAAAAGAAGUGAAAAAAAGAAAUAUUUUAUUAUGUGGCCUUCUCAUAUAUUACCCACAGCUUAUAGAAUUUCUGAAGAGUCAAGAUUGGCUUCUACCAAGCCAAGAGCAAUGCAGUUGGCAGAAAUGCACCACAAUGUGGGACUGUGCUGAUAAAAAUGUCUCCUAUCACUGAGCCUAGGUAAAUACAAUGUCAGGAAACCCUGUGUGUAAACUCUAUCAUAGCUGAUUCAGAAAAUGAAAAGUCUCUGCCCUAAAUCUAGUCUCCCUGAUUCUGGCACCAAGCAAGUCUGCUCACUUCUACCUGCUUAGUCUCCUAUGUGUGCAUAAUAGAAUCCUUAGAAUUUAGAUGCAACAGAAGCUGGGGAAUAGAUAUUUUUCUCUCUGUAGUGUCUGUAGCACAGGAUGGAAAGCUGGGAUAUGAUCAGAGAAGGCAUUGGUUGAGCCACUUUUCAGUAUCAGCCUCAUCAACCUGGGUCCUAGAAUCUGGUCCUAGGCUGGAAUCAUGCAGAGCACCUUUGAGACAUUGUAUUUGCUUCCAGACACUUGUCAUUUGCCUGCACCCAGGCUUUCAGCAUGGUGUCUCAGUUGAAAGCAUAUAUUUUUAAAUAAAAUUUUGCACAUGUACUUCUAUAACAAUAAAAUUUGUAAAGCUUAUAAGAUUUAUAAAGUCCUGUUGCAGUUUUCUAUUUAAUCUGCAUUUUACAUGCUCAGUGCUUUACAGAUAGAAGCACACAGGUUCAUGGUUGCAAUGUUUCCCAGAACUAUUCGAAUAGUUUCCCAGAAAUUAUUAUUUCCUGCAUUGAAUUAGUGUUUUCCCCUCCAAUUGAAAAACUAGCCAUAUGACCUUGAACGAGUGAUACAAGUUAUCUGACAUCCAUUUGUAAGGUGCAGAAGUCAGAACUUGGGUGUUACAGUUCUCUGUCAGAUGGGAAGCUGGAGAUGCGGAAGGUGUGCCAGCUGUCAGGUGACACCUUUGGCCAUGUCUUGCCCUGACACGGAAAUUCUGGAACUGAACCUGGCUUUUCUUGCGUCUUUUUGUGUGACCUUAAACUUGACCUAUACUACCAUUAACUACUUUGUUGAUAAAUUAUUUAUUGUAGUUCAUAUUUAAUUUAGUUUAGAGAUGGAAUUUUUUUUUCAGACACUUUAAUAAAGCAGAAGACAAGGGGGUGGUGUCUGUCUAUUUUGCUGCUGUCACACAAUAUCAUAGAUUGGGUAGCUUGUAAACUACAGAAACAUAUUUCUCAUAGUUCUGAAGCCUGGGUGCCCACACGGUUGCAGUCUGGUGAGAAACCCUCUUCCUGCUUGCAGAUAGCCAUUUUCUCUUGGCCUUCUCACAUGGCAGGGAGAGGUAAGACCUCUCUGGGCUCUCUUUUAAUAAGAGCAUUAAUCCUGUUCACAAGGGCCUCACUCCCAUGACCUGAUCACCAACCAAAGGCCACCCUUUCUAAUACCAUCACAAUGGAGGUUAGGAUUUCAAUAUAUGAAUUUGGAGGGAGGGAGAUACAAACUUCCAGUAACAGGGAGGGGCUUAGCAUACAUAAGAAAAUAUUAAAGAAAAUAUAUUAGCAUGACAGGAAGUAUGUACCAUUUUAAUCUAUCCAUUUUCUGUCUUCUCCUUUGAGCCUUCAUUCCACUGGAAUUGCUACAAAGGGAAAUCAGUGACAUUUUAAAAGCAAUGUUUGGCUUAGUGAGUAUUUUCACUAGAGAGGCCAUGGGAAAGGACUGCACCAGCUGUCAGAGCUACAAAAACCAAUCCCUGGAGAGGUUGGGGGCGAAGCAGAGAAGCUCCAUUACCUUCUUCCUGCCACUUUUUCUACCGCUCCUACAACUACAGCUCUGGAAGCCACAUAAAAAAGGAAGAAAGUUACCAGAGCAGCCUGUAAUUUAAAAAAAAAUAAGUAUUUGUAAAAGAUUCAUGAGACUUCUUCUAUGAACCUCCAAAAUAGAAAUAUGGAGUGGUGAAAUGAAGUUUGGCAACCACAUUAAGUUAGAUAAAGCUGUGUAAAUUGAUCUUGGUCUUCUGUUACAAAGUAUAAACCAGAUCUCUGUUCUUGAUGAGUUAAAUACUAUGUCCUUCUCUACUGAAUUUUGAAAGUUUUGUGUAUACUAUAAAGGGUAUCCAGAAAACAUUCUUGGUGAUGAAUCUCUUUGUAAUUACUUUAGCUAAAUUCAUAAUGAAACAUUACAAACUGUAUGAACAGGUCCAACUGCUCUAGAAUACCUUUGUGCCAAAGAACCUGGAUCUGUAGGAUACCAUGACACCAAUCUUUCCCUCUCAAGUGCACCCCACAUGAUUCAUGUCCUCUAGACAUAUAACUCAUCCUUCAAGUGUGCGUGAUAAUUUGGAGAACAAAUAGGCAUAUGCUAUCAAGUAGCAGAGCACAGAUAAUUUUUCUUUUAGUAAUAAUCUUGGGGGAGGUGAGACUUUAAAACUCUACUUCCUACAUGAGCAAUUACUUGAAAUUUAACUGGGAAUUAUUUACUAAACACAACAGUACUUUCCGUGGUACUGAAUCAUGACAUGCACAACAAACGUGCGGCUCACAGUCUGUUCACGGAAACCCAUAAUACCCUGUUCAGAGUCAUCAGACUUUCCCAAUGUGGGAACAUUUAUGAGACUAAAUAUUCUUCGCUUUCAAUAUUGCUUUGGCUUUUGUUAUUUAGACUUAGUCAUUCUUUAGGAAAAUAUGAAGGGCAUAAAAGAUAACAUCUCUUCAAAAUGUGUAAGUUUGAAAAACAAAAUUGUUUUUAGGGAAUUUGGUUAGUCUACUUGGCAGUAAGCUAUGAUAAUUACCUAAAUCAAAUGGAUUAUUAGAUACAAACUUAUGAUACACAUCUCUCUUUAAUCUUUACUGAAAAAAAAAAGCUGCAGUACAAAUGAAAAUGGACAUGGAAAACUAAUGAACUAAUUCCUUCGAACAAUGUAUUAGGUAGCUAUUACCACAUGACAACUUACCCCAAAGCUUCAUGGCUUAAAAAGAACAGCAACAUGUAUCAUCUCACAGUGUCUGUGGUUUCUCUGGCUCUUUCUUAAGGCUCUGCUGGGAAUGAUCUGCUUUCUAACUCAGUUAGAUGGCUGUUGGAAGGAUUCACUUCCUCUGGGAUGUUGCACUGAGGCCUCAGUUCUUCACAAACUAAUGUUUGGAGGCCUAUCUCUUCCUUGCCAUAGAGCCCUGUCCCUACAGCAUCUCAUAUCAG